AUGGGUCCUGUCCCGCAAGGCGUCUUCUUGGUCGUCGUAGGUCUGCUGUUCAUCGCUGGAAAUUUGGGAAAUGGAUUCAUAGCCCUGGUGAACUGCAGGAACUGGGCCAGGAGGAGGAAGAUGUCUUCCAUCGACCUCAUCCUCACCGCGCUGGCGGUCUCCAGGAUUGGCUUGCUUCUCUCUUCCUGUACCAGUAUGCUGACGGCAUCACUGAACCCAGAGUUGUGGAAGACGGCGAACAUGUUAAAGAUGAUUUUUUUAACCUGGAUGGUGACCAACCACUUCAGCAUCUGGCUCGCCACGAGCCUCAGCGUCUUCUAUUUUUUCAAGAUAGCCAACUUUUCCAACUCCGUUUUCCUUUAUCUCAAGUGGAGAGUUAGCAAAGUGGUUUUCUGGAUGAUCCUGGGGUCUCUGGUCAUCUUGUUCAUCAGUGGUUUUCUGAUAAACACAGCCGUCAGUGUGUGGUUCGUGGAGUUCCGAAAUACCUCUUGUAUUUUCAGCUCAGAGACGUCACUGCAGUUUUCCAUGCAUUUUCUCAUCCGCAUCAACCUUUUCCUUUGCAUCCCGUUCCCCGUGUCCCUGGCGGCCUUCAUCCUGCUCAUCUUCUCCCUGUGGAGACACCACAAGAGGAUGCGGCCCCGUGGCCCAGGACCCAGGGAUGCCAGCUUGGCGGCCCACGUCCGAGCCCUGCAAAUGGUGAUCACCUUCCUCCUCCUGUAUUCCAUCUUCUUUCUUUUUCUCAUCAUACAGAUUUGGAACCAUGCAACCCUGGAGAACACUCAUGUCAUUUGGCUUUCUGAGGUGCUGCUCAUGGUCUUUCCUUCAUUCCACUCCUACACCUUAAUCCUGGCAAACAGCGAGCUGAGACAGGCCUGGCUGUGCUGCUGUGGCCGAGGGGCUAGAGGCUCGACACCCCAGGGCCGAGGGACCAGCUAA